UUUUUUUUUUUUUUUUUUUCAAGGGGGGGGGAGGGGGUUUGUUAGAAGAGGGUUGGUUGUUUGUCUAGCAUGUUGCCGAGUGGUUGGCUGUCAGCUGCCGACAAUUCUUCUUCCCCCUUCAUGUCUUUUUUCUUUUUUUUUUUCUUUCCCAUCUAUGGUGACACUCGCUGCUUGGGUUUGCCAGGGCUGACAGAGCCAUAGUUACAUCUUGCGCCGUGGGAAGGGUACCAACGAAUCCUAUAUCUAUCUAUAUAUCUAUCUCUAUAUCUUUCCUCCUCCUCCUCCUCCUCCUCCUCCUUCUCCCUCUUCCUUUUUUCCAUCUCAACCUCAAUCUCAACUUUACAUCACAUCACAUCACCCACCGCAAUUCCCCUUCCCUCCACUCCCCUCUCUUCCCCUCGCUUUCGUCUAGCUUAGGGCUAAUCCUGCCAAGCUGGGCCGUGCUCUUUUCUAUCUCCUCCCCCCGUCUGGGUUACUUACUUGACUGAUCGAGUAACUUUGAUAUAAAUAGAAAAUAAAAAAAAUAAAAAUAAAAAAGAGGACUGCUCCCUCCCCCAACCAACUCUAGCCAUGCCCGUCCUCACUCAGUAUGACUGGAUUCUCGCGAUCAUCUCUAUCGCUUUCUGCGGCUCCUCCUUUGGAAACGGUGCCAACGAUGUUGCCAAUUCCUACGCGACCUCCGUCGCUGCAAGAACCCUCACCAUGCCUCAGGUCGGUUUCCUCUCCAUGAUCACGGAGUUCGUCGGUGCCGUGGCCUUGGGUUCCCGUGUCACCAAAACCAUCAAGAGCGGUAUCAUCGAUAUCAACCGGUUCAAGCCAAAUCCCGGCACCAUGAUGCUUGCCAUGGGCUGCGCUGAAGUUGGCUCUGCUACCUGGUUGCUCGUCGCCACCAGACUCGGUUUCCCCGUCUCAACUACCCAGACCGUUGUCGGUGCCCUUGUCGGCGUUGGUAUCGCUUCCCAGGCCAGCGUCAAAUGGGCCUGGGACAGCGGCAGUGUUUCUCAGAUCGCUGCCUCUUGGGCCAUUGCUCCCGCCAUUGCCGCCGCUUUCUCUGCCAUCAUCUUCGGCACCAUCAAGUACUCCGUCCUCGAACGCCGUGAUCCAUUGAAGUGGGCCAUGCGUAUGAUUCCCUACUAUCUCGCCUUCACUGCCGCCAUUCUUGCUCUUUUCAUCAUCGUCGAGCUGCCCGGUGGCAAGUCCUAUGAGGAGUUUGGUGUCGGGAGGAUGUGCGGCAUUGUCCUCGGGGUCUUCUUCGGUUGCCUGGCUAUCGCCUACGGUUUCUUCAUCCCUUACUUCCACCGCCGCCUUGUUGUUGGAGAUGCCCGCAUCAAGUUCUACCAUAUUCCCCUGGGCCCAACCCUCUGGCGCGAUGAUCCUUGGCUCUAUUUCCCUGGCGCGGCUGAUGGUGAGGUCGUCAUUGACUAUUACAAGAGCGCCCACACCGCUGCUCCAUCCGCCAACAAUAAUAACAAAAACGACGCUUCCGACCCAGAUGCCAUCAAGCCCGCCUCCAAUGACAAGGGGUCAGACUCUCCCGACCCGUCUACCCUCGAGAAGGGCCUUGAGCAUAACACUGCCGCUCUCCAGAGCAAGCAAUUCCUCGAACCGGAAGAGCGCUGGCUCGCACCAACAAGACACCUCCCUGUCUACAGCCCAACACGCCUCUGGUCCUGGGUCAAAUAUUUCUUCCUCCAGGGCGUCUCCCGUGACUGCGUCUCCCACUCCUCCGAGCUCCUUGCUGCAACCCACGCCCGCGCCAAGCGCUACGAUAACAGAGUCGAACAUCUCUGGACAUAUGCCCAGGUUGCCAGUGCCAUGAUCAUGUCCAUCGCUCACGGUUCUAACGAUGUUGCCAACGCGGUCGGCCCCUGGGUCGGUGCCUACGACACCUACAUCACCGGCGUGGUCUCGAAAGAAACCAACACCCCGGUCUGGAUCCUGAUCGUCGCCGGUUUCCUCCUCGGCGCCGGAUUCUGGUUCUUCGGUUAUCACAUCAUCCGCGCCCUGGGUAACAAGAUCACCCAGUUGUCCCCUACUCGUGGUUUCUCCAUGGAGCUUGGUGCUGCCGUCACUGUUCUGAUGGCCUCUCGUCUUGGUCUUCCCGUCAGUACCACCCAGUGUCUCACGGGUGCCACUAUGGGUACCGCUCUGAUGAAUUAUGAUCUCGGUGCCGUCAACUGGAGACAGCUAGGAUAUAUUGUGUGCGGAUGGAUCAUGACUCUCCCGACCGCUGGGUUGAUAUCCGGUCUGUUGAUGGUGAUGGCUCUCAAUACCCCUCACCUGUAGACGUUUUUAGAAUGAUAUGUUUGUUUAUAAAUGCAUUUUGUCAGCGGGUUCUUUUUUCUUUAUUUUUUUUUUUCAGCGUCUUAAUUCUCAUUUUUUGAUUUCUUUUCUUUUAUCUCCGUCUUCCUUAUUUCUCCCUCUCUUGAUAGCAUAUAUAUAUAUAUAUAUAUAUGUUUCUCAACAUCGCUUGACUUCCGUGCCUCCCUCGACGUUACCCACUUCAACGCAUCUUCUUAGGACGUAGAUUUAUCUUUCACCGACAUGCCCCCUUCUCUCUCACGCGCAUCAAGCCUUCCUACCUACCUACCUCACUCAACUACCACACUUCCUCGAUCCCAUCUAGUCGCUUCUAUCUCUCUCUCUCUCUCUCUCUCUCUCUCUCCCUCUCUCCCUCUCUCCAUUCACCCAUUUCUCCUUCCCCUACCUUGAUACCCAACUUCCGUUAAAAUAUCACAAAAAAAAACGAGCCAACACACUUACAUUCAUGCCGCAAAUAUUUCAUCAAUAAAACUUAUCCUGUUUCCAAAUAGCAUCUGCUUUCGUUUCCAAGCAACUUCGGAAUAAAGCGCUGUCGUGACUUGAAUGUUCGUAUCUUGCUCUGCUAUUGCUGCCUAGCUUAAGUUAAGUUUACAAAAGGUGGGGUUAAGAAAAUGUUGCACCAACCCAAGCCACAACAUCCGCCUCCUUCUCCCUUAUUAAUAUUGCAAGUUAACUUAACUUAGGUUAAUUUGGAGUGGCUUUUUGUCGCAUAGACAAAAAACUCUCAAACCAAUCGCGUCUCCAGGCACGCCUAGUGAGAAACUGACUUUUGUUGUUCUGUCUUGGUAUUCUGGAGAUAAUGGACGAACAAUGGUGCCAAGCCGUUCUGUGCCAUUCUGCUUGGCUUGGUUGGUUGUGGCUUGGUCAUCGUGCGUGCAUCAUUGCUUAAUCUGAGUCUUCCUCAAAGUCGUGAAGUUAUUUCUUAGAUGUAGAUGUAAUUAAGAGUGUUUGAAAGGGUUGUUUCUUUGUCUAAUAUUUCACAUCAUGAAUAUGGUGUGACCAAUUACCAAUACAAUGCGUAAAUAAGAAUAUAUAUAUAUAUAUCGUAACUAUAUUUAUCUUGGAGCCGUUCUUCGCGACCGAGGCAUAAUUAACUCAUUAACCC